AGAGAGAGAGAGAGAGAGAGAGAGAGAGAGAGCGACAGAGAGACAGCAUGAUGAUAGCAUCCAUACAGGUGGUCGGUUCGACUCUCACAAGCAGCGAACUGGACGAGAUCCUGCAAGCUCUGUCGCAGAACACGCUUCGCUUCCUCUGCCUCCAGGACUGCGCGCUCGAGGAGCGUGAAUUCAAAGACCUGUGCAGAGCUAUCGAGGAAGGAACCUCCCUAGAACAUCUGAGUCUGAGCGGGGCCAUGCUACAGGACACGGACCGAGUCAGCGUGCUGACGAGCGCGCUACGCCGCAACGCAUCCAUCACCAAUCUAAGCCUCAAUGACAACGCCCUGAAGGAUGCGGGAGUGCUGAGCGUUGUAGAAUCGCUAGAGCUUCAUCCUCAGCUUUCCUGCCUCAACCUUAGCGAGUGUCAGAUUGGAGAUGAUGGCAUCAAAGCCAUCUCCAGGCUUCUUCCACCCUGCAAGGCGCGACCAG